UCUCGCAUCGAGCUGCAGCACCGCGCUUUCGAAGCGCCAAUGCCUUUAUUGGCGAAUACAUAACACAAGACAUACACACAUAAAGAUAACGUAUAUUUAUUAAUAAAUAUAUCGGGAUAAUCAUUAGACAGCAGGAGAGAAUUGUCAACGUCGCGCUAUCUUAUUUACUUGCGGCAACAAAGGUUCCUACUAAAGAUAAUGUGAGCGAUGCGCGGCGUCAGUCGCGACACGGUGUGCGAGCGUGCCGUGCGGCGAGGACGAGCGCUGGACAGCGUGCCAGGUGCCAUGGACACUGAAGAGGGCACAUCGCUGGUGGAGGAGCAGGAAGGUGUGCGCGGCUGGAGGGCGGCCCUGACGCGGCGCCUGCCCGUGCUGUGCUGGGCGAGGCGAUAUACGCGCGCGACGGCCGCGGCCGACGCUGUGGCGGGCGUCACGCUCGGCCUCAUGUUGGUGCCUCAGAGCAUCGCCUACGCCGCGCUCGCCAAUCUCCCCGCGCAAUACGGACUCUAUUCGGCUUUCAUUGGUACUAUAUUGUACGUGGCGCUGGGCACGGUGAAGGAGGUGUCCAUCGGGCCCACUAGCCUGAUGGCGCUGCUCACGCUGCAGACGUGCCGCGGCCUGCCCGCAGACUUCGUCGUGCUGCUCACCUUCCUGUCGGGCGGCUUCGUGUUGCUCAUGGGCCUGCUGCAGCUCGGUUUCCUGGUGGAGCUGAUAUCGCCGUCAGUGACGAGCGGCUUCACCUCGGCGACGGCGGUCAUCAUCACGGUGGCGCAACUCAAGGGCCUGCUGGGGCUGAGUUUCAUGGCCGAGAGCGUGGCGGAGAACGUGGCGCUGAUCGCGACGCGGUGGCGCGACAUACGCUUGCCCGACUGCCUGCUCAGUCUGCUUUGCUGCGCCACGCUGCUGCUGCUGCGGAAAUUAAAGGACGUAAAUGUGGGUCCGAAGCGACGCAAGCUGAAGAAGGCGCUGUGGCUGGUAUCAAUCGGGCGCAACGCCUUGGUCGUGCUGGCCGCCGCCACCUUCGCCUACUGCACGCACGACCCCGCGCGUCCCCUGCUGCGCCUCAGCGGGCGCGUGGAGGCGGGCUUGCCUCGGCUACGGCUGCCCCCGCUGAGCGCGGAGCUCGGCAACCGCACGCUGGGCUUCGCGGAGAUGGUGCGCGAGCUGGGCGCCGGCGUGCUCCUGCUGCCGCUCGUCAUGGUGCUCGCCAACAUCGCCAUCGCCAAAGCUUUCUCGGAGGGCGGGCGCGUGGACGCGGCGCAGGAGAUGGUGACGCUGGGUCUGUGCAACCUGGCUGGCGGGCUGGUGCGCGCCAUGCCCACCUGCGGCGCCUUCACGCGCUCCGCCGUCGCCCACUCCAGCGGCGUGCGCACGCCCGCCGCCGGCCUCUAUGCAGGGGUGGUGACGCUGUUGGCGCUCCAGUUCCUCGCGCAGUACUUCCACUUCAUCCCGAAGGCCUGCAUAUCCUCCGUGCUCGUUUGCGCCGUCAUCUUUAUGGUGGACUGGCAGACGGCGCUACGGCUGUGGCGGCACGACCGGCGCGAGCUGGCGGUGGUAGCGCUCACCUUCGGCGUGGGCGUGUGGCGCAGCGUGGAGCUGGCCGUGCUGUGCGGCGCGCUGGCCGGCCUUGCCGCCACGCACUUCGCGCUGCAGCGCGCGCCGCUGCAUCUGCACAAAGUCAAGUGCUCGUGGGGCGAGGCGGUGCGCGCGCGGCCCACGCGGGCGCUGCUCUACCUGAACUGCGCGCGGUUUGCGGAGCGCGUGGAGCGAGCGGCGGCCGCGCACCACGCCGCGCUGCUUGACUGCGGCGUGCUUGCCAUGCUCGACUACACCGCCGCGCAGGCUCUGGCGAAGAUGAUCAAAAACUUCAAAGAGAACAAUAAGCUUCUGAUAUUCUACAAUGCAUCGACGGACGUCAUCAAGAAGCUGGAGAAGGUGGAGGGCAUGGAGACGCGCGCGCUGCGGGCGCACUCUAUUCAGGCCGCGCUGGACGCCGUCGCUCCCGGACUCGCACCCGGCCCCGGCCCCGCACUCGGCCCCGGCCCCGCACUCGGCCCCGGCCCCACACCCGGCCCCGCCCGCGCCCCCGAGGCGGCCGCGCUGCUGGCCCGCGAUGACGGCGGCGUCUGA